AUGCCUGUACAACUCAAAGAGGCUAUGUUAAAACCUAAGCUGAAGAAAAGCAAUUUGGAGUUCGAAGAAUACUCAAACUUCAGACCAAUUUCAAAUCUUAAAUUUCUAUCUAAGAUAAUCGAGAAAGCUGUUGCUACUCAACUCAUGGAACAUUUAGUCAAUAAUAACUUAGAAGAACCUCUGCAAUCAGCAUAUAAACGCUUCCACAGUACCGAAACGGCCCUGCUUAAAGUUCAGAAUGACAUUCUUAUCGCUAUUGACAAUCAGAAAUGUGUAGUUUUGCUGUUGUUGGACAUGUCAGCCGCGUUCGACACAGUUGACCAUGAAAUCCUAUUGGAACGAAUGUCAAAACGGUUUGGAAUUAAAGACAAGGUGCUAGAAUGGUUUCAGUCCUACCUUCAAAACAGGUCACAAACUGUGAUGAUUGAUGGUGUUAAAUCUGCUACUAAAGAUGUAAAUUGGGGAGUUCCGCAAGGCUCAGUUCUGGGCCCUAUUUUGUACCUGUUAUACACCUCGCCCAUUGGAGAUAUUAUUGGACGUCAUGAACUUGACUUUCAUUUCUAUGCUGAUGAUUCACAACUAUAUCUUGCUUUUGAGCCAACUACAGAUGAACAACCGGGUGCACUUGUGCGAAUAGAAACAUGCGUUAGAGAGAUCGACUUGUGGAUGGUUAGUAAUAAAUUGAAGCUAAAUGGAGACAAGACAGAGUUGUUAGUAAUAAAUGCACGCCAUCGCCCAUGCCCGCUUAUAGAUCAUAUAGAUAUAUCCAAUUUUAAAAUCCAACCAUCUGAUACAGCUAGUAACAUUGGCGUAACAUUCGACCGACAUAUGUCUCUAGAUCAACAUGUGACUAAUAUCUGCAAGACAUGUUUCUUUCAUUUGCGUAAAAUAGCAAAGAUAAGAGCUUAUCUAUCUACAGCAGACACUGAAACUCUGGUCCACUCAUUUAUUACUUCUAAACUGGAUAGCUGUAAUUCUCUGCUAUAUGGGUUGCCAAAACUCAUGAUUGAUCGAUUACAAAAUGUGCAGAACAGUGCAGCGCGUUUGAUAGCAAGACGUAGAAAAUUUGAUCAUAUCACCCCUGUUAUGAAAGAACUGCACUGGCUUCCCGUAAGCCAACGUAUCAUUUACAAGAUACUUCUCAUCACCUACAAAGCUCUAAAUGGUCUUGCACCAAGCUACAUUAGGGAUAUGCUACAACCACACAAAUCAACAAUGAAUCUACGUUCAUCGAUGAAAGGACUACUCUCAAUACCCCCCAUAAAGUUGGUCAACUAUGGUCAAAGAUCAUUUUCAUAUGCAGCACCAAAACUAUGGAAUGAACCUCCAGACUCAGUACGACAUAGUGAAUCAAUAUCUAUUUUUAAAACAAAAUUGAAAACAUAUCUAUUUAAAAAAUUUUAUAAGUAAUUGACACUAGUUUUACCAAUUUUAACUAUUGCUAGUUGUAUCUAUCUAUCUGAAUUUUUAUCUUAUUCACUUCUUAUAUUGACUUUUAUAUAAUAAUUGUAAAUAAACUUAAAUUUUUAAAUGGAUUGAUGUAAAUAUAUUAAAAUUUUAAAUUUCUAAAUACUGUAAAGCGCCAUUGAGCUAUAGGAAAUGGCGCUAUAGAAAUACAUAUUAUUAUUAUUAUUAUUAUUAUAUCUAUAUCUAUCUAUAUCUAUAUCUAUCUAUAUCUAUCUAUCCAUCUAUAUCUAUCUAUAUCUAUCUAUAUCUCUCUAUCUAUAUCUCUCUAUCUAUAUCUCUCUAUCUAUAUCUCUCUCUCUCUAUAUCUCUCUCUAUAUCUCUCUCUAUAUCUCUCUCUCUAUAUCUCUCUCUCUAUAUCUCUCUCUCUCUCUCUAUAUCUCUCUCUCUCUAUAUCUCUCUCUCUCUAUAUCUCUAUCUCUAUAUCUAUCUCUAUAUCUAUCUAUCUAUCUAUCUAUCUAUCUAUCUAUCUAUCUAUCUAUCUAUCUAUCUAUCUAUCUAUCUAUCUAUCUAUCUAUCUAUAUAUCUAUCUAUAUAUCUAUCUAUAUAUCUAUCUAUAUAUCUAUCUAUAUAUCUAUCUAUAUAUCUAUAUAUAUAUAUAUAUAUAUAUAUAUAUAUAUCUAUCUAUAUAUCUAUAUAUAAUAUAUAUCUAUCUAUAUAUCUAUAUAUAUAUCUAUAUAUAUAUCUAUAUAUAUAUCUAUAUAUAUAUAUAUAUAUAUAUAUAUAUAUAUAUAUAUAUAUAUAUAUAUAUAUAUAUAUAUAUAUAUAUAUAUAUAUAGGAAUCAUCAUCCUAUACGUAUGAAACAGACUGUUGUGGUUUUCUGAAGUAUAUAUGUAUAUAUAUAUAUAUAUAUAUAUAUAUAUAUAUAUAUGUAUUUAUAUAUAUGUAUUAUUAUUAUUAUUAUUAUUAAAAAAUUUAUUUCAACACGGUAAUUACAUCAAAAAGAAAACAUAUUUACAUAUUUACAUCCUUGUUCUUCCCGUAAGCCGUGCAUGCAAUUUAAUUAUAUGAAAUAUAUAUCAGUAUUAGAGAACAGAGAGUUGAUGUGUAGCCAAUUUAUCUUUAAAAUUUUUUAAAGAUGUUUCUGUUUUGAGAUCAUUUGGCAAGGUGUUCCAAAGCUUGGCGCCAGAAAAAGCAAAGCUUUGUUGAUACAAUUCUGUUUUGACUGAUGGCAGUGACAGAUUUAAAUUCGCAUUACGUAGCCCAAAGGAUUGAGCUCCGUCGUUAUAGUUAAAUAACUCUUUCAAAUAAGUUGGAGCAUCGUUGUUCAAGAUUUUAAACAACAUGGACAUUUUAAACCGUUUUCUUCUCUCAUCUAGAGUCGGCAACCCAUAUUUUUCAAGCAGGGCAGCAGACCUAACAGAAUAAUCGGCCCGGCUAAUAAUACGAACAGCCCGGUUUUGUAAUUUUUGUAUUUUAUUUGCCAGUGUAUCACUCAUAGAGUCCCAAACAAUGCAACAGUAAUCAAAGUGUGGUUCAAUGAUUGAAUGAUAUAUAGUAAUGAGUUGUUUUUCUGUCAAAAAAUUCCUAGUUCUACGUAAUAAACCCAUGCCAAUUGAGACCUUUUUAAUAACAUUGUCAACAUGUUUUUUCCACGUCAAAUUUUCAUCAAUUGUAACUCCUAAGCAUUUUACAUGUCUUACUUUACAAAGUGAAAUACCUCCAAUAGAAAGUGCAACAUCGUCGAUCAAUGAAGCAAUCUUUUGCCGAGUUCCUAUAAUCAUAUAUUCAGUUUUUAAGGCGUUUAGAGUUAAUUUAUUAGCUUUAAGCCAUAAUUCAAGUUUUCUUAAAUCACGUUCCAUUUGACGCUGAAGUUCAACAGGAAAACAUGCAGAAAAUGACAAAUUUGUAUCAUCAGCAUACAUUCGUGCAGUGCCGUGAUCAAAGCAAGAUGCCAAAUCAUUGAUGUAUAUGAGAAAGAGUAGAGGUCCAAGUACAGAGCCUUGGGGAACACCACAAGUAAUUUUAAUCUCAUCUGACAAACACCCAUUGACAAAACAUCUUUGGUACCUGUCAGUCAGAUAGGAUCGAAACCAAUCAACCGCUAUUUUUUCCAAUCCUAAAUAUUCUAAUUUGGUCACAAGAAUAAGAUGAUCAACGGUGUCAAAAGCUUUCUUUAAGUCUAAGAAGACGACACCGUUUAACAUCCCUCUGUCAAUGUUAAAGCACCAGUCAUUAUUCAUAUCUAAUAGUGCAGUCAUUGUUGAGUGAAGCGAUCUAAAUCCCGAUUGCCGAGAAUCAAUUAAGUUAUUAUGUAUAAGGUAUGCAUACAGCUGGUCAUAAAUAAGUCUUUCAAACACUGUAGCAAUACUAGUUAGGACAGAUAUAGGUCUAUAAUUGUCAGAAAUAUCUCGUUCACCACUCUUAAAAAUUGGAGAAAUCUUGGCCUUUUUCAAUUCAGCUGGGAAAAUGCCUACCUUAAUUGAUAAAUUAAAAAGACUAGCAAGGUGCAAGUAAAUAAACGGCGCGGCGACCUUCAAUAAUCUAUUCGGGAUAUUGUCUAAACCACAUGCUUUUGUAGUUUUUAAAUUCUUUAGUAAUUUCAAAACUUUGUCUGAGUCUACAUCAUGUAUUCUGAAUGUUUCUUCCGAUUGUUUUAGAAACAUUUCAGGACGAACGUUGUAAUUUUGUGUUCCUACAGACGAAAGCUUGACGCCAAUUUCAGAGAAAUGUUGAUUCAAAUGAUUAGCUAUAUCUUCACCACUGGUAAUAAUCUCAUUCGGGGAAACCUUAAUUUCGUUUAUUUCUGUAUUCUUUGAAGGUUUACCAACUAGACUAUUCAGAACAGCCCAAGUAUGUUUGGAAUCCCCAGAGCUUUCGCUUAACUUUGUUUGAUAAUACUGGCGCUUUAUUUUCCUUAAUUCAUAGUUAG